AUGAAGCCGGCGCCUACAAAGCCUCAAUUAUCGUUAUUCGAACGUGCCUUCUGGACCUGCCGAGGGACAUGGAAACGAGCAGGUAUCAAUACCUUUAGAUGUCUUGUUGGAUGCACCGUUGGUGACUUCUCUGCUUUAUGGGCAUUGCAAACAUAUGCGCCAGAGUUGGGAAUGGGUACUAUCAUGGGUCUAUCUAUGGCAUCUGGUCUUAGCACCUCAGUCGCACUGGAAACAGGUCUUCUUCGAUGGGGCAAAGACAAGUUCCCACUCAACAUGGCAUUCAAGACAGCAAUGGGAAUGAGUUUUAUCUCAAUGCUAGCGAUGGAAAUGGCCGAGAAUGUCGUUGACUACCACUUGACGGGUGGUGUGGUAGCUCUCCAGGAUCCGCGAUUCUGGACUGCUGCGAUAGUGAGCAUUGCUGCUGGAUACUUGGUACCUUUACCGUGGAACUAUUACAGGCUGAGGAGAUGGGGGAAGGCAUGUCAUUAA